AUGGAGAAUCUUGAUUCACCGUCGCGUAUCAUCCCUCCUCUGUCGGUGUUGAUACUGAGAAGGAGACUGCCAACUAGAGACAGACUUCGCCGAUGGGGAGAGGAUGUUCCUACAGCAUGUGUUCUCUGCUCUGACGGCAUAGAAAAUCAUCAUCACCUCUUCUUUGAGUCUGAAUAUUCCUCCUCCAUUUGGCAAACAUUCGCUUCUCAAAUCUGGGAUAAUCCUCCCACUGAUUUGCAUUCAGCUGCCGCUUGGAUUCUCCAGCAACAUCAGCCUCCAAAUGCUAACGCCAUUGCCUUGAUCAAGCUCAUCUUUCAGUCCUCAAUCUACCUCAUUUGGAAGGAGAGGAAUGCGCGCAACUUCACGGUAGUCUCGUCACCGACACAUGCUCUGGACAGACUUCUUCGUGAUCGUUUGCUCUCUAUCAAGCCAAGACCUCCGCCUGCUGAAUAUCUGCUUCGAUUCUUUCUUUUAAUCUACCGGCCCCCUUGA